UGUGAAGCUCAGUGUCAGACUUGUUGAGGGGUUUCAUAUUGCAGAACAAUUGCAUAUGAAUAUUUCUAGUUAUAAAUACUUGACCAACCUCCAGGGGUGGAGUUUUCUACCCUUUAAAUGUCUAUGUGGCCAGCUGUCAAGCUAACUUUUUGCUUUAAGUGCCAGAAUUAAUCGUAGGGAGAGUAACAUUUCAGCCACUGUAAGGAUAAGCCUAGAAGAGGAAAAAAAAAAAAAAAAGCAGAAUGGAUCACAACGAAUCGACCGCCAAUGCUGACAAAAUCCAUCAAAAUCGACUCUCAGGCGUAUCAUUAGAUGAAGACCAAGACGCAGCGCUGACAAUUGUGACCGUCCUAGACAAGGUGGCUACGAUUAUAGAUGGUGUCCAAGAGAGUCAGAAGAGAAUAGAAGAGCGUCAUCGCUUAAUGGAAAAUACAAUCAAAUCUGUCCAGAUCGACAUGUUGAAGCUUUCUCAGGCACACAGUAACACAGGCUAUGUAGUGAACAAGUUGUUUGAGAAAACCCGGAAAGUCAGUGCUCAUGUGAAAGAAAUAAAAGCUCGUGUGGAGAAGCAUAGCCUAAAUGUGAAGAAGGUGGAAACCAAGCAAGAAGAGGUGCUAAGAAAAAACAAAUUUCGAGUGGUUAUAUUCCAGGAGGAGGUCCAAUGCCCUACAUCUCUCUCUGUUGUUAAGGAAAAAAGUCUGCUUGAGAAUAUACAAGAAGAUGAAUUCUGCCUCCCAGAUGAUCUCUCUUCUGAUGAAGAAUAUGAAAUUGAAGAAAGCAGAGCCACCCAAUUUAAAAAGUCAGGAAAGAAGCGAAUUGAUGACAUCAAAAAGGCCUUCUCUAAAGAAAACAUGCAGAAGACAAGACAGAAUUUUGACAAGAAGGUAGAUAGAAUUCGGACUAGAAUUGUGACUCCUGAGAGGAGAGAAAGGAUCAGGCAGUCAGGAGAGAGACUGAGGCAGUCAGGAGAGAGACUGAGACAGUCAGGAGAGAGACUGAGGCAGACAGGAGGAGAAAGACUAAAGCAAUCUGGUGAAAAAUUUAAGAAAACAAUUUCUAAAGCAACUCCAACAAAGGAAACUUUCAAGAUGCAUCUCCAUAAGAAAGGCAAAGAAAGAACCACUGCAGAAGGCCAAGAGGGCAUUCAGGAAAUGGGAGUGGAUAUCAUUAGCAGGAGUGAGGCUGAUGAACCCCUAAAUGAGCUCUACACAGAAAUGACAGCUACAUCAGAGAACGUACAAGGCAGAGAAGUCUAUCUUCCCCAAGCAGAAGAGGAAACCCAGAUUCCUAUGGAAAAUAUAGUUCUGCAACCCCCUGAAAAAGGAAGUAACGAGGAACCCCUUUUGCUAGAUUUAAAACAAUCAGCAUAAAAGAGAACCAAACAGCCCCUGAUUGUGUGUAUCAGCUUCAUCAAACAAUUCUAACCAGAAAAAAUAGUAAUAUUUAUUUUUAACAUCAUAUGAAAAUAGAUAAAUGCUUUUAUUUCAUUCAACGUGUUCCAGGUUAUCUGUUAUGUUUUAAUAAGCCCGGCAAUAUAAGAAUUACAUUUUAUUGGCAUUCUCCCCCUUAAUGGAGGAAUAAAAUCCCAAUGAAUGAUGAAGCUUUUUUGUUGCAGUUGAUCAGGUUAUUGGAUUUUACUUUUCCCUUCACAACUGUGGAAAUUUAUUUAAUCCCUUUUCUCUCUGGCUACCAGGGGAAAGAGUUUAAAAGUUUGGAACAUUUGGUUAUCUAAAGGAAACAAAAGAAAUGUUUUAAUUGAUAUGGCCUUUUGCAAAUGAAUUAUUGUAGUAGUAUAAGCAGCAGCAUUUUGCUCUAAAAUAUGGCUGUCUAUUCAUUCAAAAAAUCAUUUUAAAUACUUGCAUUCUUGUGUAUGGUACUUUUUGCCCCUGAACUGGAACAACCCAGUAGCCCAUGGGGCCAUUGUUUCUUCUAAUCCUGUGGGGUUGUGGCCUAGAUGCUUGGAUCACCAAGCAACAGUUUACUUCCUACCACAACUGGGUAAAAAGUACCUCCUCAGAAGCUUCACCAUUUCCAGCCAAUGUUCUCCAAAUUCUGAGUUCCAGUAAUAAUUCAUAACUUACUGCAUUUGUGUCUCAACCCCUUUGGAUUCCAGUCUUUUCUUGUGUCUUCAGCAUAGCCCCAAAGUUUUUACUCAGUUGGCAAAUAGGCUAAAAUGCUUUUUACUACAAUGAAAAUGAACAUAAAGUAGAAAGGUCAUGUCUAAGGCAAUUUUUAGUUUUCUAAUCCCUCUUCUUCACCAUUUCCCUUUGUUCUUCUUUUUUAAUCUUUACUUUUUGUCUUAGGAUCCACUCUAAGAUAGAAAAGCAGCAAGGGCUAUGAAAUUUGGGCUUAAAUUCCUUGCCUAGGAUUAUAGAGCUAGGAAAUGUCUGAGGUCAAAUUUGAACCCAGGUCCUCCCAACUCUAGGUCUGGCUCUCUCUCCCCUGUGCUACCUAGCUGCCUCCCAUGACCCUUUGUUCUUGAAAGGAAGGUGGAGACAAAGGCAUCAACAGGCUUGUCAAAGAGGUUAUUAAGCAUUCCUACUUAAAACUUGGGGAAGGGGGAAAUCACCUCACUACAUAAUCUAGCUCACCCAGUGGCUCUCUACUGUUUUCCAAGACAACAGCACUCAGCUCCUGGUCAUCUUGCCAAUGAUGUGCUGCUCUGCUGGGUGCCUGAACAGGCUGUUAGAUACUUCAGAAGGCUGUCCUAGGAGUAACCCAACAAGCCAACCUAACAUCACCACCCAAGGCAAGUUUCCUUAUCUCCAUCUCUUUCCCAAUAUGGCUAGAGAUCCAAGGACAAAUGAGUAGACUUGGGACUUCAUGGGCAAACCUGCUCUCCUCUCCUCCCCUCCAUCCCCACGAUACUCACAUGGUCAGAUAACUGAAUCUUCUCCUGAUGUCACAUGCCAGGAGAACCAGUCAACAACAAAGUACAAAUGCCAACAAAGUGAAUACCAGCAAAUCCCUGGAGAUGUAAAGUACUAUGUCUGCCCUUUUAAAAUCUCUUCAGAGCCUCAACCUAAUUUGACCCCUAUGAUGCCAUUAAAAAAUGGUAGCCUUGAACUUAUUCCAUUCUAUACUCUUAUCUCUUUUUUUGGGAGCCUAAAGAUUUGGGAAAAUGCAGAGGAAAUAGCCCCCUUAUGCCUAAAUAUAAAUAUUUAUGGUGGAAGCAUUUGGGUAUUUGAUUUAACAUCAGGUCUUCCUCAUUCCCUGGACAGACACAACCUUGAUGUUCCAUAAUAUUUGUGAAAUGCAAUCUGUUGAAAAUUAAAAUGUAUACAGAGUGAACACUACUUUGAAAAUAACAAAUUUUAAAUCGUUCUACAUUCAAAGAAGAAUAAUUAAAAGGACUUUUAUAAACAUUUCUCUAAAGGCACACUUAAUAUUUACAAGAAUUAUCAUUAUACAUUAUCAUAAACAGUUGCUUUCAGUAACCAAAAUUAAACGUAACUACUAAAACA